AUGAGUUGGGAAUCGAAUCUCUCCAUCGUGAUUCGGUGCUCCCUAACCGAACGCGUGCUCCGUGCUCCAUCCCAUCUCCACUGAACGAUUUCGAUAUCACUGGGUUUUGGCAGGGUAUUUUGUCUGAGGAAGAUUCGAUUCCUCAACCCGUGCCCCUAGAAUCCCACAUUUUCCUGAUAACUAUAAACCACCCAUGGCCAAAGCCACAUUACGUACCAGCCAAUCGAAGUCUAGGGUUCGAAAGCAACAACACUCAAGAUUUCAUCCCACCACAUUAUUCAUCACGGGGCCUCAAACGCGAUCCUUUAAGCGAUACUAUCUCAGAUCUUCAACGCGUGCUUCGAGGGAACACUCCAUGGAUGAGUCUGAGGUCCAGCGUGAUCACGAAUUGUGGACCGAUGGAUUGGAGGAGAUGUUCGUAGGCAUCCUCUACCAAGAGACCAUUGAAGGAAAAUUUGUUGGGUCGAAGAUCACCAACCGUGAUCAUCUGAGACUUGCAAAACAACUGCCUCGAGUUGGGAGGAAGGCAAUAGAUGCGUCACAAAUUAGGGAGAAAAUCACUCGCUUGAGGCAGAGGCUACGAAUGUUCACGGAUUUAAUGGGCCAAACAGGAAUGGGUUGGAAUCCACAUACAAAAACUGUAAUUGCCACCGACGAACAUUGGGCUAACGCAGUAAAGGUGCGUAGCCAAUGGAGGAAAUUCAAUACUAAUGGUUGUCGAGACUACGAUCUACUAUGCACCAUUUUUGGGCAGUCGGUGGUGACGGGUGUUUGCCAUUAUGCGUCGACGCAGCAACCCCCUAUGAGUGAGGAGGAGGACCAACUUGAGGAGGAGGUGAGGGCAAGGGGCCCCGUACUGGGAAUUGCCACGGACGCGCCGAUAGAUAUAGAUGGGCCAGACAUCGAUGGGCCAGCUGGGAGACAGAGACAAGCUCGUCGUCGAAGAAGGGAGCCGGUUCGGAGUAGCAUAUCCCCACAAUUUAGCAAAACUUUGGAAGUUAUGGUCGUCACCGCCGCAAUGAGAAAUGAGUUGGAUAAGCAAUUUUUAGAGGAAUGUAGUAGAAAGUGAAGCAAAGGCAAUGAGAUUGAGUUUGGUUCGGAUGUGUCAUAUAGCAAGCUAGGUGUUGCUAUGAAGUUUUUGGAUGAGAUUACCCCGCCGCUCCCUGCACAUCAAUAUAACAAAGCAGUAAAAAAGUUUAUGCAUGACAAGGCAGUUGAAGCAUUCUUAAUGAUGCCCCCGAACCACAAAAUUGAUUGGAUCUGGGGUUUGCAGUGACGUAGCUUGUCUCUUGUCGGGAAAAUUAUAUUUUUAUGUUUGCGGAUAUUAUUUGUCAUUGACAUUGUUGUUUAUGAGCUGCUUAGGUAUUCAGUAUUUAUUGUGCUUGUUGUUUA